AGUGGUGGCAUAAACAAAGUGCAAAUUUUCCUCAGUGAAAAGAGGUAGCCAUUUUGGAUUGCGAUUUUUCGAGAAUUUUCUCACCACCAUGGAAGAAGAGCUGGAGGAGUUUCCCUUGCCGGAAAUGCCUUUGCCGGCAGUUCCCGACAACGAUCCGACGCAGUUUUGCCGGUUGUGCUUCUCGCAGAAGGACAUCAAUUGGGUCAUCCGGACGUGCGGAACGGAAGUGGAUCUUCCGUUUGUGAACACCAUCGGCGAGUGUCUGGGCAUAUGGCUGAGCUUGGAGGAGGAUUUCCCUUAUGCGGUGUGUUUGGAGUGCACCAAACGGCUAGAGGGAAUCAUCGAGUUCCGGGAAAUCAGUCGACGUUGCGAUGAGGCGCUCAAAGCCAAACGUCGCGAGGAUCCCAACGCAAUGGUGCUGUUCUACGACUACCCGGAGGACAAGGUGUUUAUUAAUGGGUCGAGCAAGCCGGGCUGUUUCCGGGAUGAUCCAGAUUUUGAAGCGGAAGCGAUUCUUCCGGAAGUGAUACUGAGUGAAGAGAAGGCUCCAGAUGUACCUCCUCCAGUCGAGAAUCCCGGACAAAUUCGGAUGAGCCAGGCGGAGAAAAAGUUGGCGCUGAAAAACUACAUGGAUUCAUAUCUUCGGUGGACAUCGGAAAUCGAGGCCAAGAAAGACGAUGACGAAGCUACCGAUGCCGCCCCAGAAACCGAAGAGCACGAAAACGUUCCGGAGCUGAGCAUCCUGAGCGAGACGUACAUAAACCUGGACCGACGAACACCGCCGCCGCCACCACCUCCGCCCAUCAAAAAGACAGUCACACUCAGUGGGUACACUUGCAGCGUUUGUCGAAAGACUUUCCGUACCAAGGCAAUCCUGCAGGAACACAGAGCGGCCGUUCACAGAAAAUCCACAGAAAAGAAAAUUAGGGGUGACUCCGAAUGUCUGGACUGCGGCCAGGUGUUCAUGACGGUGAACCUGAUGAAGUUGCACGCUAUGCGGCACAGGCGCGACAUGCUGAUCAGCUGCAAGACCUGCGGCAUUCAGUUCGUGAAGGAACACGAACUCCAGGCGCACCUGAAAAACAACGGCUGCCGGAUGAUGGCAUUCGGCAAGUGUAAGUAUUGCGACAGGGUCUUUUCACGGCGGGGUCGCUACAUCUUCCACCUGAAGAAUCUCCAUCCGGAUAAGCCGCUUCCGGAACCGGACGAGACAGUCACCGACAGGAACGAAUCGGAAACCGAUCCCUCUGUGGAGCAGGAUGGUCGCUUCGUCGUAAUGCUAGAUCCUCUUCCGGACGAAGUCGUCGAAGCUUGCCGGACAAACGAAAGGCUAGUGUGCACGCUAUGCUACGAGCAGUUUUCUGACCUUCCCUCCUACAACGGUCACCACCCCGCGUGUUUCAAUCAGCAUUACGAUGGCAUCACCGGCUCAGGUUCCAGUAGUUUAUCAUCAUCACCCCCACCACCGUACAAACUGUGCGAGUGCGACUCCUGCACAGCGAUAUUCGAGUCCAUCGAUCCGUUCGUCGAGCACCUGCGGGAACACGAACAACCGUUGCGAAUCAAACCGCACGAUUGUGUUCAGUGCAGUGGCCGGAACCCGAAGUUCCUGAUGCACCCGCACAGCCCGUCGAUGAUUCUCGGCGAUUAGGUGCGACUCUCAUCGUCAAGUACUGUAGGUAUAUGUUUCGUGUUGAAACACUCGUCUAUUAUUCUCAUUGGCCAGGAGUGCACAGUCACCGCCGGAAGCUCAUGGCUGAGUUUUAUGAUAAGUAAGUCACCUUAUUUAACUUUUGUUUCACUGUUUUUUUUUUCUCUCUUUUUAUUUAAAUCACAAAUAAAUGAGCUAGUGCAAUGGA